AUGGUACGGUUGAGUCCGGUUCCCCACCCGGAUGGUCCGGUCGAUCCGGUUCCCGACCCGGAUGACCCGGAUGAUCCGGUUCCCCAUCCGGAUGGUCCGGUCGAUCCGGUUCCCGACCCGGAUGACCCGGAUGAUCCGGUUCCCCAUCCGGAUGGUCCGGUCGACCCGGUUCCCCACCCGGAUGAUCCGGUUGGUCCGGUUCCCGACCCGGAUGACCCGGUUUCCCAUCCGGAUGGUCCGGUCGAUCCGGUUCCCCACCCGGAUGACCCGGACGAUCCGGUUCCCCACCCGGAUGACCCGGACGAUCCGCCAAACGCACCAACCAACCCCGAGAGGGCUCUGCCUACCCUCGAUUUCCCAUCCCCUCUCACCCUCUCUCUCACGUAUCCCUCCUUCCAUUGCCAACGCAGGGAUGCGGACCCUUGUUGUCCUCUAAAAGGGGAAAGGGAAGACAACAAGGGCCCGCCCGAUGCCCUUCUCCGCGGGCAUCGGACGCCCCCCCAUGCCCCACCCCGGCGUUUAGGGUGGGAGGGGGGAAAAGAGGGGGGGGGGGGGUGGGUCAAGAACAAGGGCUGA